AAAAAAACAAAAUAGAAGACAUGCACAUCUUAUAGUGUUCCAUUUCAUUUUAGCGUUUUAUAAAGUUAAAAUUAAAAUCUCACCAUCUCAUCCAAAAAAAAAUGUCUCCAAUCAUCCCAAUUCUCAAUUUCUUAAACCACCCUAUAUUAUGGAGAUUCACAGGUUUCAUAUCAAGUAUAAUUGGACUUCUCUGUUACGCACUAAGCUCUUCUUUCAAACAUCUAUUUGGAGAAUGGAAUUUACUAAAAAUCUUCCUCUAUGUAACUUUAAGUUUCAUCACGUGCAUCAUUGUGUUACUCGCAAAAAAAUGGCAACUAUCAAAGAGUCUAAUAUUAAAAGCUCACGUGGGUUUUUUAAUUCUUAUGCUAACCUCUGUUUACUCAUUUUUUUAUGACAAAUCAGUGAAUGGAAAAUCAGAUGUAUUAGGUUUGAUUUCGUGUGUGGCUUUUGCUUUGAUGUCGUUGAGUUUGUCGAGACAAAUUGACCUAGGAUUUGAGGUUGAUUUGCUCAAUUUUUUCUUAGGUUGUGUUACGGUGCAGCUUAUGAAUUUUAAUUUGAUGUUGGCUUCAAUUGGAGGUGUGUUUUGUUAUUUCGUUAUUGUUCUUCGGGCUUCUUUGGAGUCUCAACAAAGGAUUAAGGAUGUUGGUGCUACUGUUUCUGAUCAUGUAGAAAUAGAAAUUGAGGGUGUGGAAAUAAGAGGUGAACAUAGGAGCAAUAGUGAAUAUAAGAAUCAGCACCAAGAAUUACCUUCAUUGCGGAAAAGGCAUUUUGUGACGUCUGCUCCAGAGGAAGUGCAUCCAAGGAAUAGUUUAGCUGCUUACGUGGAAUUUGUUGAUGCUGCAAAACGCAUACGAGCUGCAUAUAGAGAACACACAGAAGAAGAAAUAAAGGAAUUUAAUUUUUUCAAUCAAGAGGCUGAAGCACGAAAGAGAGUGGCAGCCAUCAUGAUUCAACAUGCCUUUCAUAACUACAAGGCAAGGAAGAUGACUCAAGCUGCUACUCGUAUCCAACGUACCUUCCGAGCAAGGAAGCUUCGCAAAAUCUAUUUAAGUGCAAAUUCACUUACUAGAUACUCCAUUCGAUCUUAAAUAUAAGCGAUAAUUGACAAUUGAUAUUAUUUGUUUGAUUUUUUUCUUACAUGUUGAGAAAUCAUAAAUUAUCAUCUCACUCAGACAUGUAAAGCACCAACUUAAGACACGCGCACUAUUGGAGUAUAGUGUCGUGGUAACAUAUGGCUACAAGUAACAUAAAUAAAAACUCAAUUUCUAAAUCUAUGAAAUAAACUCCAAAACUAACAGAAAAUUGGGAAAAGUAA